AUGUACACCCUGCCCCAGAUACUAAGCGACGAGCUGGAGAGCAAGCGACGCCUAAUUACCGAUAACGCUAGAUACGAGCAAAUGCGCCAAAUGAUUGAAAGAAAGUGGAAGACGACAGCUCGCAACAACAACGGAAAGUUCUUCUGUGUGGCUAGACAGUCGCGCUUCCGCAACCCGAGCAACCCGAGUGGAAAGUUGCUCCUCGAAGGAGUCGCUAAGGCAAAGAUUGAAGAUAAGGCAGAGGUAAUUAGGGAGGCGCCGGCAGGUGAGGUUCAUACGGUGGACCAUGUGAAACAUGCAGAGUGUAAACCUGUAGAUCAAGCAGAGAGGCUAUGCCUAGAUUGCAGCGUUACAGUACGGGUGUUCGGAUCUCCUGAGUUGAAGAAGCUAUUCAACAACGACAUGGAGAUGGAAUUGACAGACAAGGUCAUCAAGGAUCUGAAUGAUCACCCAUAUCCUUGA